UCGUCCGUCGUUCCCCGUCCCGUCAAUCGUCAUUAUCCCGGCGGAAUACGGAUCCGUGGCUAGUGCGGCGGACGGCUCUUUCACUUGUUUCAUUGUGCCCAUUCUCCGUACGGACUCUGUCACUUUCGGUUGAUCGUACGUCGACCACCAGUCGUCGACGCUUUGCGCAUGCGCAGAGUUCCAGUCAGUUCCGCCGUACUACCAGACUAUUGGGACAUUCAUACUUUCAGAGUUCAGCUUCAGACAAGUGUCGUAGUUGGUUGUUGUACUUCUGUUCCUGCUUGACCUAUAGUUGUCGCCGUUAUUCAAUUGUACCUUCAAUAGUACAUCCCGUCUUUGUCUUCGCUGACACAGAGGUAAUUACCGCCUCACCAUCACCACCACCUCCGCCGAUUUCCGCCACUACCAUCGAUCGUCACCAUCACCGGCCACCCUUACCCGUUACUGGAACAACUACACUACAACUACAGCGAGUCAUCGACAAAUUGUUCUUGAUUUGUAAAAUUGAUAUUGCUUGUUACUGACGAUUCUCGUCUUCCAAAGACGUCUUCAAUCAUCUCUACAAGUCAUGGAUGAAGAUACAGACUGUUCCCACAUUUCGGAAGCAGCCGGGAAGUUGAAGUUAGAUGUGGAGCAGAUUAGAGCUACACUCAACAAUAGGAGUUGCAAUGUUUGCUUACGAAUAGAUCAGUUGUGGAUGUGUAUGGAGUGUCGACAAAUUCUUUGUGGGCAUAAUGCCGUAGGUCACAGUACUGCACAUUACGAGUUCCACAAAACUCAUUGUAUAUUUAUAAAUAUCGAGUCUGCAGCUAUAUUCUGUUUCAAGUGUAAUUCUGAUGUAGUACCAAAAAACCACGACGAUGAACUGAACCGUCUUCGACAAUUUAUUCUAUAUAAUCGUGGACCAAGUGCAAGUAAUAAUAACAAAAAGAGAAGACGGAGAAAAGCAUCUAAGGCUGUUAAAUCAAAAAAGACUAGUUUAAAACAAGGUCCUAGCGCUAUUAAAAAAGUCUGUAUACCUCCUAAUAAUGAAAAUGACUGUUUUAUGAAUACAGUUACCCAAGCUCUUUGUGAACAGGAACCUCAAGCUGUUGUACCAAAAACAGUUAACAUUUCAAAAAUAGCACCUAAAGCUGUUGUACCAAUAAAACCACUCAAAGCUAAACCUAAAAAACCUUUUUAUAAAAGAGGUCCUAGAACUACUAAAAAAGUUGGUAUAUUAAAUAGUGGAAACAAUUGCUUUAUGAGUGCGGUUUGGCAAUCGCUUCGUCAUCUAAAGCCAUUUAUAACUUGCAUGAAAUUGUUCAAACUCGUUGAAAUUGAAGCUUCCAAUAAGAAACAUAAUAGUAAUCCAGAUCCAAGGUUGCAAGAUUGUAUAGCCCAAGAAAUGUGGAAACUAAUGGAGACGUUAGUUGACUGGCAAAAACCUCCGGGCUAUAAAUUUAGAGAAGCAAUUUCACCAGCUGCUCUUCAACAAAUUGUCUGCAAAAUUAAACCUCGAUACAAAGGAUAUCAUCAACAUGAUGCUCAUGAAUUUUUGAUGUUUACAUUGGAUACUUUACAUAACGAGCUGACACGUGAAAAAAGUAAAUUGUUGUUAGAAGAAGGAAUAACACAUCAUAACCCUAGUAAAAUUGACACACUUGUGUCAUUGAUGUUUCGUGGGUUUUUAUUAAGUGAGGUAUACUGUUUAAAGUGCAAUACACCUUACAGAAAAAGAGAUGAAUUUACAGAUAUUUCACUAGACGUUCCAGAUUAUGAAGAUGAAGACCCGUCGGUAUCUCGACCAGUUGAUCUUUUAUCUGAUUGCUUGGAGCGUUAUUUUGAGAUAGAAGAACUAAAUGAAAGAAAUUUUUACUUCUGUGAAAAGUGUGAAAAACCACAGAAGUCCACUAAGAGAUUUUGGAUGAAUGCUGUACCUAAUAUACUUUGUCUCCAUCUUAAACGUUUUAGAUGGGAUAGUACUUAUCGUACUAAAGUACAUACGUUCAUUCAAUUUCCUAUGCAAUCAUUAGAUAUGUCUCCAUAUUAUGAUGAUGAGAUGAAGAAAACUCAAUUUGUUGGUAAAGAUACAAAUAUGUUUGAUUUGGUUGCUGUUGUUGUACAUGAUGGAGAAGGGGUAGGAUCUGGGCAUUACACUUCUUAUGCUGUGGAUUCUACAGAAGGUCAAUGGUAUGAAUAUAAUGAUGAAAAAGUGCAUGAAGUUGAUGCAUCUUUUGUUGAGAAUGUGCAAGCCUAUCUGUUAUUUUACAUUAAAAGGGACAUGGUAUAUAACUUUUGUUAAUUGGACAACUACUGAAAUGAUUAAUUGGACAGCUGUAAUUUGAGUAUCGACAUUUUACUAUAAUAUCCUUUGAUGGUAUAUAAAAGAAUAUCUAUUUAAAAAUAAUUUAAACAGUAUUCUUAAUAUUCUAUAUGUUUUUAUGCUUAAAAUGUCAUCGCUAUGUGAAUAUUUUAUUAUUUUU